CUAGCCGCGCAAUAUUUCAGUCAGAGAUAAACGGUCUUAUUUAGUGGAUGUGCCGUUCAGUUUCACGGAAACAACGCACAAAACAGUCAAAAUGGUCCAGCUUUUCAACAAUGUCAACGAAGAGGUUUACCGGGCGUACGUUUUCUGGUCCGCUGUGUUGGUCGGCAAAAUGCUGAUUAUGUCCAUCCUGACAGGUCUUCAGCGUUUCCGUAAGAAGGCUUUUGUCAACCCAGAAGAUAUAGCUACAAUGCCAAAGUUGAAACUGAAGUUUGACGAUCCUGAUGUAGAACGAGUUCGAAGAGCUCACCGCAACGAUCUGGAGAACAUUCUGCCGUACUUCGUGAUUGCAUUCUUCUACAUUCUGACCAAUCCGGACGUGUGGAUUGCCACGAAUAUUUUCCGUGCCGUAGCUGCGGCUCGGAUUCUACACACACUGGUUUACGCCGUGGUGGUCAUCCCGCAACCAGCUAGAGCGAUCGCCUUUUUCGUUCCGUUCGUUGCCAGUCUCUACAUGACAGUCAUGACGGUUACGUUCUUCCUGUAGGAUGGUGGUACUAUUUAAGCCUUUUUCCUACUGUUUAUGGCUGAAACAAUUGCAUGGUGUUUUUUAUAAAACGUUUGAAAACUGAA